GGGGCGCUAGUGGGACACUACAACCCAAAAAGAGGAGAAGGAGGAAGGCUGCAAUGGCUGAAGCCGCGGAUCUGGAGGCUGAAACACUGCGGCUGAAGCAACUCCGUGGAGACGGGUUCUUCACCGUUCCUCCUGCGCAUCGGCUAGGAAGAUGCCGGAGCGUCAAGGAGUUUGAGAAACUCAACCGGAUCGGAGAAGGGACUUAUGGCAUUGUGUACCGUGCUCGGGACACCCAGACGGACGAGAUUGUGGCCCUGAAGAAGGUGCGGAUGGAUAAAGAGAAAGACGGGAUCCCCAUCAGCAGCCUGAGGGAGAUCACAUUGCUCUUGAAACUGCAGCAUCCCAACAUCGUGGAGCUGAAGGAGGUGGUGGUGGGGAACCACCUGGAGAGCAUUUUUCUGGUGAUGGGCUACUGCGAGCAAGAUCUGGCCAGCCUCUUGGAGAACAUGCAGGCCCCUUUUUCAGAAGCUCAGGUAAAAUGUAUCAUCCUUCAGGUACUGAAGGGCCUGCAGUAUCUUCAUGACAACUUCAUCAUCCACAGGGACCUGAAGGUGUCCAAUUUGCUGAUGACCGACAAAGGCUGCGUGAAGACGGCGGACUUUGGCUUGGCCCGCGCUUACCGUGUACCCCUGAAGCCCAUGACCCCGAAGGUUGUCACACUCUGGUACCGAGCUCCUGAACUCCUCCUGGGGACGACAACGCAGACCACCGCCAUAGAUAUGUGGGCAGUGGGCUGCAUUCUGGCCGAACUUCUGGCCCACAAGCCCCUUCUCCCUGGCAGCUCCGAGAUCCAGCAGAUCGACAUGAUUGUCCAGCUCCUCGGCACUCCCAACGAGACCAUUUGGCCUGGCUUCUCCAAGCUGCCGCUGGUGAGCCAAUAUACGCUCCGGAAGCAGCCCUACAACAACCUGAAGCAUAAGUUUCCAUGGCUCUCGGAGGCCGGGCUCCGGCUCCUCAACUUCCUCUUCAUGUAUGACCCCAAGAAGAGAGCGACAGCCGGCGACUGUCUGGAGAGCUCCUACUUCAAGGAGAAGCCUUUGCCAUGUGAACCGGAGCUCAUGCCCACCUUCCCUCACCAUCGCAACAAAAGGGCUGCCCCAAGUGUCGCAGGGGCAGAAUGCGCAGGGCCCAAGCGCAGCCGGCCAUAAGGAGAGUGACGCCAGCCGAAGUAGGCAGUGGACACUUACCAUGGGCGGAAAGUGGCAUGGUUUCUCUGCAAGAGAACGUACCCGGAUCUCCCCCAAAAUGCCACCAUUCCUCCUGAAAAUAGUGACAAUUUAGGUUCCUGGACCAGUUAGGACACUUUGGGAGAUUUCAAGGAGAAAGGACUACACAAUUGGCGCCUCUCUGGAUGGGACCAUUGGAAUAAAGAAAGUAUGUUUUAUACAA